AUGGCGCAUGGGAUAAAAUUGCAUUUGCCUGUAUUCCUUUUACUAAUAUUUGUAUUUUUGAAACAAUAUCAAGUUCAUGGCGAAUCAAAAGUUCCUUGUUAUUUUAUUUUUGGAGAUUCAUUGGUGGAUAGUGGCAAUAACAACAACCUUGAAACCAAAGCUAAAGUUAAUUACCCACCAUAUGGGAUUGACUUCCCAGGUGGUCCAACGGGAAGGUUUACCAAUGGCAAAACCGUAGCUGAUAUAAUGGGAGAACUUCUUGGUUUUGAAGAUUUCAUUCCAUCCUUUCUAAUCGCUAAUGGCUCAGAAAUACUCAAAGGUGUAAAUUAUGCAUCUGGUUCAGCAGGAAUCAGACAUGAAAGCGGGAAGCAACUGGGUGUUAACAUUGAAUUAGACAAACAGUUGGAAAAUCAUCAAACUAUCGUCUCACGCAUUGUUGAUAUGUUAGGAAAUGAGUCCGCAGCCAAUCUCUUGAAGAAGUGUUUUUACUGGUCUGUAAUUGGCAGCAACGAUUAUCUAAACAACUAUUUCAUGCCCCAAUAUUACAACACAAGCAGUCAAUACACUCCAGAUAAAUUUGCAGAAUCACUCGUUAAACAAUAUUCUCCACAAAUUAUGACUUUGUAUAAUUCUGGAGCAAGGAAAAUGGCCUUGAGUGGAAUUGGACCGCUCGGCUGCAUACCGCAUUCUACUUCUAACUAUGAUACUAAAGGCUCGCUGUGCGUCGACUCCAUGAACGAUGCAGUAAAUUAUUUUAACAGCCGACUCAGAUCACUCGUAGAUCAACUGAACAACGAUUUAGCUGAUGCAACAUUUGUCUACCUAAACCCAGUUGAUUUUGGGUCAGGGUAUAAAGCUUCUCCAGGUUUCAGUCUUAAACUCAGCGGCUGUUGCAAAGCAAACGAGUACGGUCAAUGCAUUCCUAACGAAUCUCCAUGUUAUUUUAGGAGUUUUAACUUGUUUUGGGAUUCAUUUCAUCCUACUGAAAUUUCGAACAAACUUUCUGCACGAUUAUCAUACCAAACUUUGAAGAAGAUCUUGUAA